AUGGCUACCUCAAAGAUCCACUCUCAGCGCAGCAAGAAGCUGCACCAGCUGUCUGCCAAGACAAGCAAGGUGAACCGCAACCGCAAGGCACCUCGUCUCUACAUGAAGGGCACGCUGGCCGGCUACACACGCGGCCUCUACGGUCAGACCAAGCAGACUGCACUAGUACGCGUCGAAAACGUCAACACCCGCGAGGACGCCAAGUGGUACGUGGGCAAGCGCAUCUGCUACGUCUACCACGGCAAAAAGGUCAAGCGGUGUGUACGCUGGAGCAAGGCGCCCGCACGUCGCAGCACAACCCGUGCGCUCUGGGGUCGCGUGACACGCCCGCAUGGUAACGCCGGUAUGGUGCGCGUGAAGUUCAACGGCGCAUCUGUGCCGGCGUCCGCCAUUGGUCGGCGUAUCCGUGUGUACCUGUACCCAAGCCAGAUCUAA